AUGAGUUCGUCAAGAGGUGUUGAGGUUGAUGACAUGCUUACCGUGAUUUCUGCCUGGCAGAAGACCAGCCUCAUGGAUAGCAUAAGCAAGCAGAUGUCUGAUGUCUAUGCAAAAGUGGCAGUACCCAUUACAAUCACCACCAUCAUCAAUGUCCUGGCCUCCAAUACAGGAACUGUGACCUCUUUCAGAGCGCAGAGCCCCUCCCGAGUCGUGCCCGAGGCUCAACUACCUCCGCCGGCACUGCGGUCUAAGAACCAACUGGCCCAGCGGGCCUGCUGCCACACCAACUGCCUGGAGGCGCCGCUGUCCCGGGCCUUCCGGCAGCUGGGCUGGAAGGUGGGCUCGCAACCCUGGAUCUUCCUGCUGCUGCCCAUGGUGUUAACAGCCGUUCUCGGCACUGGCCUGAUUUACCAGCCCCAGGAUGAAGACGACGACCUCGAGGAGAAGUACAACCCAGUAGGGAACUCUGCCAAGGCUGUGUGA